CAGAUAUGCAUUCAGUCAUCUGUAACGAUGUUUAACCAAGUCGAAUGCAUGUUUCAGGAGCGUGACGAGAUAAAUAAAUAUGCGUACUUUGAAGUAUUGUUUCUCGGGAGAGAAGGAGAAUCUUAUGUCCAUGAGCAUCGGCUCCGUCUUCUAUACAGACUGGCGUUGUAUGCAUUGCAACAUCCUGUUUUUCAACUUUAUUCUCAGAUAUCCCUUUGGCUGUCGAAGGUUAGAAUGUAUUUCGCACUAAUAGGAAAUAAUUUUGUGAAAUGUACUACUGCAUUGCAGUACGAGUACCUACUGCCAUUGGAGACGGCCUGUCCGGAAUUCACGGUAUUUUUCGUUGUUUAUGCUACACGUUUUAUGCCUAUAAAUCGACCUAUGGCUGCUGUUUUCGCUAGCUAUAUAAAUGCAAACCCAGGAUACUUCCUUAAAGGUUUUCGAGAUUCUCCACAUCUGGCUGACAUAUUCCGUUCUGAGGUACAACAGUGUGUUUUACCUAUAUUUUCGACAUUGAUUUAUUCGUUUGGAAACAAAUCUACUAAAAGGCUGUUCAAAUUAGACACGAGUAAACAUGUAUGUAAAUUGCAUUGUUCCGACCAGAGAUCUAAACAAAUUCUCUUAUGUCAAAGUAGAAUCAAAAUUCAGUGGUGCUGA